AAGAAAGUAGGACGAAGGGCAAAGGCAAGAGAGAUUUAAAGCAGAAGCAAAUGAUUCAUUAUAAGGCAAACCUAAGGAAAACAAAAGGUGAAGAUAAUGUAGAGCUAAUAAUGAUCAAGACCAAAAUUCGCAAAAUAGAAUCUGGAGAAGGACAAAAACAAUGA